UAAAAAUCAAAAUUAUUUACCAUGUUCUCUUCGCCAUAUUGAUAUCGAUAUGGUAACGCUGGUUAGCCGCAAAUAUUUUGCUGGACAAGGAAAUUUCGCCGCUGUCAAAAUCUCUUUCCGGUUGGUCUCUUGAACGUUGACAGAAUGAGGACUAUCAACUCCAACCAGUGUGUUAAAAUCCCAAAACAUAUUAAGGCCACAGUCAAGGCCCGAAAUGUGACCAUCGAAGGUCCACGGGGAGUGUUGAAGCGGUGCUUCAAACACUUGGCCCUCGACAUCUACAUGGUGAACCCACGAUGCCUCAAAGUGGAGAAGUGGUUCGGUACAAAGAAGGAGUUGGCUGCCGUACGUACCGUGUGCAGCCACAUUGAAAACAUGAUCAAAGGUGUUACUAAGGGAUUCCAAUACAAAAUGCGUGCCGUAUACGCUCACUUCCCCAUCAACUGUGUCACCUCCGAAAAUAACACAGUCAUCGAGAUCCGUAACUUCUUGGGCGAAAAGUACAUUCGUCGCGUUGAAAUGGCACCUGGUGUAACUGUUGUCAACUCAACAGCGCAAAAGGACGAAUUGAUCGUCGAAGGAAAUGACAUUGAAGCCGUGUCCGGGUCAGCUGCUCUUAUUCAGCAAUCGACAACUGUUAAAGAUAAGGAUAUCCGUAAGUUCUUGGACGGUCUCUACGUGUCCGAAAAGACAACAGUUGUGAAAGAUGAGAUCUAACUUUAAUAAAUUCUAUAUUUCCAACACCUAAACAAAA